CUCCCUAGAUGUCUUCCAAUGAUGUUUUUAUUCCAAUGUCACAAAACACCAAUGGCUCACCUGGGACAACUUCCAGUGACCUAAAGACACAUACUGAAGGAGCUGUGUUAAGUUUUCAUAACAUUUGCUACCAAGUGAAAGUGAAGAGUGGUUUUUUACCUUGUGGAAAAACAGUUGAGAAAGAAAUAUUAAAGGAUAUCAAUGGGAUCAUGAGACCUGGCCUCAAUGCCAUACUAGGACCCACGGGUGGAGGCAAAUCUUCGUUGUUAGAUGUUUUAGCUGCAAGGAAAGAUCCACAUGGAUUGUCUGGACAUGUUUUGAUAAAUGGAGCACCUCGGCCUGCCAAUUUCAAAUGUAAUUCAGGUUAUGUGGUACAAGAUGAUGUCGUGAUGGGGACUCUGACAGUGAGAGAAAAUUUACAGUUCUCAGCAGCUCUUCGGCUUCCAACAACAAUGAAGAACCAUGAGAAGAAUGAGCGGAUUAACAUGAUCAUUCAAGAGUUAGGCCUGGAGAAAGUGGCAGAUUCCAAGGUUGGAACACAAUUCAUCCGUGGUGUAUCUGGAGGAGAAAGAAAAAGGACUAGUAUUGGAAUGGAACUUAUUACUGACCCAUCCAUCUUGUUCCUGGAUGAACCCACAACAGGUUUAGACUCAAGCACAGCAAAUGCUGUUCUUUUGCUCCUGAAGAGGAUGUCUAAACAGGGACGGACAAUCAUCUUCUCCAUUCAUCAACCUAGAUAUUCCAUCUUUAAGUUGUUUGAUAGCCUCACUUUAUUGGCCUCAGGACGACUAAUGUUCCAUGGACCUGCUCAGGAGGCCUUGGGCUACUUUGCAUCUGCUGGUUACAACUGUGAGCCUUAUAAUAACCCUGCAGACUUCUUCCUGGACGUCAUUAAUGGAGACUCCUCUGCUGUGGUGUUAAACAGAGAGGGUGAUGACAGUGAAGCCAAGAGAGCUGAGGAGCUUUCCCAAAAAGACAAGACCAUAAUAGAAAAAUUAGCUGAGUUUUAUGCUAAUUCCACCUUCUUCAGAGAAACGAAAACGGAGUUGGAUAUACUCUCAGGGGUUCAGAAAAAGAAAAGGAGCUCACCCUUCAAGGAUAUCACCUAUGCUACCUCCUUCUGUCAUCAACUCAGAUGGAUUUCCAGGCGUUCAUUCAAAAACUUAAUGGGUAACCCCCAAGCCUCUAUAGCUCAGUUAAUUGUCACCGCCAUCCUAGGACUGGUUGUAGGUGCCAUUUUCUAUGGACUGAAAAAUGAUCAAACUGGAAUUCAGAAUAGGGCUGGAGUACUCUUCUUCUUGACGACCAAUCAGUGUUUCAGCAGUGUGUCAGCUGUGGAGCUCUUUGUGGUAGAGAAAAAGCUUUUUAUACAUGAAUAUAUCAGUGGAUACUACAGAGUGUCGUCUUAUUUCUUUGGAAAACUAUUAUCUGAUUUACUACCCAUGAGGACGUUACCAAGUAUUAUAUUCACUUGCAUAAUAUACUUCUUGUUAGGAUUGAAACCAACGGUGGAGGCCUUCUUCAUCAUGAUGUUUACCCUUAUGAUGGUGGCUUAUUCAGCCAGUUCCAUGGGGUUGGCCAUAGCAGCUGGUCAGAGUGUGGUAUCCAUAGCAACUCUUCUCAUGACCAUCUGUUUUGUGUUCAUGAUGAUGUUCUCAGGGCUGUUGGUAAAUCUCACAACGAUUGUGCCUUGGCUCUCAUGGCUUCAGUAUUUCAGCAUUCCUCGAUAUGGUUUUACGGCUUUAGAACAUAAUGAAUUUUUGGGACAACACUUCUGCCCAGGUUUAAACACAACAACAAACAAUACCUGCAGUGGCUAUGCAAUAUGUACUGGCGAAGAAUUUUUGAUAAACCAAGGCAUCGAUCUCUCACCUUGGGGCCUAUGGCAGAACCAUCUGGCUUUGGCUUGCAUGAUUAUUAUUUUCCUCACGAUUGCCUACCUAAAAUUGUUAUUUCUUAAGAAAUUUUCCUGAAUUCCCCUUUAAUUUUCUAUGAUUUAUCUACCCGAAAAACAGAAGUACCUUGAUUCACUUUAAAUAUUCAUUGACAUUCUU